GUAAUUACCCUCUUUUAUUUAAUAAAUUUAGUUCCAGUUAUUAUACAAUGUACGACAGAAAUAUUUUUGUUUUUGGUUCGAAAACGUGUACAAAUGUAGCACAAGAAACACUUUCAUCGUUGCCUCUGGAGUUAUUAUGGAAAAUAUUUUCAUAUUUAGACAACACAUCAUUGCGCAAUGCGACCAAAGCGUACAUGAAAUGGCAUAGAAUAAUUGCUUCAAAUAAGAAGUUACGAAAUCGGCUCAAUUUCUUCGAGUUGGUAAUUAAAGUAGGAUCUGAGAGUAUGGCACAGUUUUACAAAAGAAACAAACGAAUGCUGAAGAGGAAAAAAUUAAGAAAUUAUUUACCAACCGGUGAAUGCACAGUUGGGGUAAUAAGGUCAACAACCUUCAAAAAGAGGAGUGGGGAUGAUUUGGUGAUACAUACAAAGCGAUUUAAAUUGUUUUAAUAAGAUUUUCGAUAUUAAAUAGGGCAUCUUGGCGUACGAUAUGACGUACCACUACAGUGAACGUGGUGCAGAAGGAUAUUGCAUUUAAGUUCAUCAACAUUCCUUUGAAGAGUGGUGGUGGAUAAAAAUUGCAUUAUCACAUAUACAUACAUUUAAGUUUAAUGAAUUCAAAACGAUGCCAUAAUCACAAUAUAUUAAAAUAUUUAAAAUGAAA